GUGUCUCCGGUUUACUGUACGCUCUCUACCAGCUGCUCUGACAUAGACUCUUUACUCUUUCAGGUUUUGCCUUAGUUUUCAAUACGUAACCCUAUGACGUUAAUGGGCAAUCAUGUCUGAAGAGGGAAAUAAGGUUUCCGACGAACUUUUCAAAGAUGUCAAAUUCUACGUGGUAGGGGACAUUGACCAAAAGGUUGUGCAGCUGCUGAAGGCAGGAAAAGGGAAGGAGGUGUCCUACAAUGCUUUGGCCACUCACAUCAUCGCAGAGGACGGGGACAACCCCGAGGUGGGCGAGUCAAGAGAGGUGUUUGACCUGCCUGUUGUCAAGCCGUCCUGGGUGAUCCUCUCAGUCAGAUGUGGGGACCUGUUACCAGUUACAGGAUUCUCCCCAGAAUCAGGACAGAUAUUCUUUGGUGUGACAGCUUGUCUUCCCAAGCUUCCAGACGAUCUCAACACUUUGUGGGCUUACAUAACAUUUUAUGGAGGAGAAUGUCAACUUAACCUCAACAAGAAGGUCACUCACUUAGUAGUGAAGGAACCAAAGGGGGCCAAGUUUGAGUGUGCCCUGAAGCACCUGGGCAUCAGGAUUGUCACCCCGGACUGGAUAACAGAUUGUGUUAAAGACAAAAGCAGGAAAGAUGAAGUGCUCUAUCACCCCAGACUCACGUAUGUGGAGCCUGAAGAAGAGGAGGAGAGCGAAGCAGAGUCAUAUGACCAGCACUCUCAUUCAGAUGGAAGCUACAGCCCCCGGCGAUCCCGGCUGUCCAGCGGCGGCUCCUCUGGUGAGGAGUCCAGCCCCCGCAGAAGGCCAGGACCCAAAAAACUGAACUCUGUCUCCCCUUCCUCUCCCCGCAAGCCUGAGCGCCGCAGCGAGCGCAUGUUCGACGAUUCAGACGACGACUCCUCCACAGAGAAGGAGGGCACCAACCUCAAUUGGACGCCGGCUGAAGUCGUCACGCCGACACCCCCUAUUCCGACCGGCACAGCCAAACGGCGAGGUGGGCCGCCCGGCAGCAAAGACCCGGUUUCAUCCGCAGGCAGUGGGCUGAUUAACCUGUGUGCCACUGUGCCUCCUGUUCCUGGCAGUGGAGGAGCCAUGCCUGCAGAGGGUCGCUCUGCUGCUGCUGCUGCCAUCAGUCACACAACACAGCAAGGUGCAUCCACUCCAGAGGGCAUCCCUGGGUGGAGCCCGGCUGCUAGAACCCUCCGCAACAUCACCAACAACUCUGACAUGCCGCCAACCAAUCGACCUGCCAAUGUAGCACAUAUCAUCCAGAAUCUGACAGCAAAUCAGACAAAGCCACUGGAGCAGCAGACCAAUCAGAGCCAUGCUCCGACCCCGAACAGUACCAACGCUCUUCUGUUCAAUCAGUCCAAAUUGGCUGUUCAGCCCCUCACAACAGAGCAGCAGCAACAGUUAUUGCAACAGCAACAGUCACACCAGGCUGCCCAGCAACAACAUCAACAGUUACCACAGCAACCGCAGCAUCCCAUGAUGCACCUCCAGCAGCAGCAGCAGCAUCAGAUGAUGCAGCUACAUCACCAACAACAACAACAACAACAACAGUCGCAGAUCGCACAACAACAAGGGUUUGCACAGUUGCCCCAACAGCAACAACAGUUUCUGCAGCAACAGCAGCAAAUGCACCAACAGCAGAUGUUUUCGCAACAGCAGCAACAACAGCAGCAACAACAUGCCUUCCCGCAGCAGCAGCAGCAGCAGCAGCUACGGCCCCAGCAGCUUUUGCGACCUGGUUUACAGCAGCUGCAGCAGCAACAGGCACUGCAACAACAGCUCCAGCAGUUCCAACAGCAGCAACGCAUGCAGAUGUUACAGCAACAGCAGCAACAGCAGAAUCAACAGCAGUUGCAUCAACAGCAUCUACAACAGCAGCAGCAGCAUUUCCUACAGCAGCAGCAACACAUGCAGCAGAUGCAGCAGCAGCACCUGCAGAAUCAGCAGCAGCAGGUUUUGCAGCAUCAGAACCAGCAGGCCCUGCAGCAGCAGCAUCAUCAGCAACAGACAACACUGCAGCCUCAGCUCCAGCAGCCUCCUCACGUCUCACAGCUUUUUGGACACGAGCCAGGACAAGAAAGUGAGUACGCCCACAGUUCGAGUGGAGGGUGAUUAUGGUCUAGACCGUUCUGUUAUAUAUACUGUAUACAGCAGUGGCGGGCCGUGCAUGUUAUACCUGGGCCUGCACUCGUAAAAAUGAA